UUUCGCCCCUAAUGAAUCAACCAAAUAAUAUUUAUUUGGAAGAAAAGUGCGAUGAGGAAGACGACGAAAUUCAACAAAUAAUUUUAAACAAUCAAAAAAAUUUUGAAAGGGGAAAUUUAAAGAAAAUUUCUCAAAGUAUUUCGGCACAUGCUAAUUUGGAUUUCCAAUUUAAACAUAAAAAGCUUUUGGAAUCAGAUGGUAGAGAGGAGGAGGAGAAUAAAAUUACGAAUAAUAAAUUAAAUUGUGAAGAUGGUUGUCAUGUAGAUGAGGAGGACAGCGAUGAAGAAUUGUAUAUUUUAAACUUUUAUUUGUUGUUUACACUGGGGUUGACCCUACCUAAAAUUUGGAUCGGGAUUAUCUUUUAG